GCGCCAGCUGAGGCAUCAGUCUACUCGAAGCAAUCGAACGAUACACAUCGCGCAAGCGAAACCCAACGCAACUCAAACGUAUUCAAUUUCUACGAAAAAAAAAAGAACAUCAAGAUGAGUCUUGUACCACUGCUGUUCUCAAACUGGUGGGAGGAUUUGGAGCGUCCCCACAGGCUCUUUGACCAGGACUUUGGUCUGGAGCUGGCGCCAGAGCAGCUCUUGACACCUCAGAUUCUGCAGCGUUACUUCUCCCCUAGGGAGAUCCCGAGAGUUAGAUCCCCUCUGGCAUACUACAGACCCUGGGGUGAGCUGCUUCGCAAGGCCGACACUGGAGCCUCAACUGUCAACGCUGACAAGAACAAAUUCCAAGUUAUCCUCGACGUCCAGCAGUUCAAGCCUGAGGAGAUCAACGUCAAGGUCGUUGACAAAUGUGUCGUGGUGGAGGCCAAGCACGAGGAGAAGCAGGACGAGCACGGAUGGAUCUCUCGCCAGUUCAUACGCAAGUACAUGAUCCCAGAGCAGUGCGACGUAGAGCAGGUGUCCUCCAGUCUCUCAUCGGACGGUGUACUCACCAUCACAGCACCCAGGAAGGAGGUGCCCAAGGUCGAGGGCGAAAAGGUCAUCAAGAUCGAGCACACUGGCAAGCCUGCCAUUCGUGACACCAGCGAUGCCUCGUGCAAGAAGAAGGAGGACAAGGAGGACAAGAAGUGUAUCAAGAAGUGAAAUAUUUCAUUACCUUUUACCUUCGUCUAUUUUUUGAUAAAAUGGAUUAUCUCAUAACGUUCGUAUUUCCAUUGAUACUACUCUCAUAAAAUUACUCGUUUCAUUCAUUAUUUAGUUUACGUUGAGUCAUUAUCACAUUAUUGAGUUUUGUGAUAUUUCUUUGUACUUUUUAUUAAUUUGGUGAAUAAAUAAUAAACCAAAAAAAGAGAAAAUUUAA